GUGUUGGAAUUAAAUAAUAAUUCCUGCAAAAAAAGAAACAUGGCAACCUAGUGACAUUUUACGUGUCGGGUGACGUAUGGUGACGUUUCAGCGCGGGAAGAACGUAAACAACACAAAGCCUGCCUCCAUUCACUUGUCACUUCAGAAGUCAUAACAGAGUUUUCGAAGGUUUUUUAAGUCGUACAACUUGUUAUGUGAGAGCGAUUUUUUUUUUAUUUAUUUAAAGAUCGCUCCAACAUGAUCAUUCUGACGAGGUUUGAAAAAGACAAACGAUAACUAAACAGAAAUAGAGAAAGUCUUAGCUUUAUAUUGUUCUUAAACCCGUGAAACAUACAUGACAGCGUACACAGCUAACACAGGUUAGCAUGGUGUAGGAUUAUUUUCCUGGAGGAAUCAUGGAUCGCUACAACGAAGUGAAGCUUCUGCUAAAGAAGUGGGAGCAAGGCUUCGUCGCGGAGCACCAAAGGAAACCCGGCAAGGAUGAUGUUGACCAAGCCCCAGAAGAGACCAGAAAACUGUAUAAAGAGUACCGCAGUUUGAAACAAGCCAAGGAAAACACAAGUACUGGUGGAGCCACUGAACACAGUGAGCAGCCCACGUCUAUUUCUAAAAACAGUACAGCCCCCAAGCAGUCCGACUGUUGGGGCUCUCAUUUGAAUCGCAGUGCAUUGCCACGUUCAGCUCCCAGACUGACGCCACAGGACAAAGACAGUCUUCAGGCCUCUGCACAAUAUUAUGGCCACAAGCUUAAACAGAACCUGGCCACGUUAAGCAAGGAGAGACCAGUCUCGUUGAAGAAGUCAUCCCACAUUGGUCGGCUUCCUCUGAAUUCAUUAAAAGCUGGCGUACAAAUUGGUCUGACACGUAGUCCCAGAACUCCAGCUGCUAUUGAUGCUCCAUCCACUGACAGGGUCUUACCCUCUGACCACAACUCCUGUCCCUUUUCUCCAAGAAGUGUUAGGACCACCCUGGGGCCUCUGGACUCAGAGACUCUCCAUCCACUGGAGCCGGAGCAGCUGUUUAAACCAUUCGUACCUGACACAGAGUUUGGAGAUGAAACAAGUGGCAGCAACAGUGGCGUUAGUAAAAUCAGGCCGACCACUGAUAUAAAUGACCGUGGCUUUAUUUCACAGAAUCAAACUGGAUCAAGUGUAAGCACCUCUAUAGUCAGAUCCGCCUCCUUGUUGUCAGCGUUGUCUUCUUCACCUGAUGUAGAAAAUUCAGCAGAAUCUCCUGCUGCUGUACAAAAAUUAUUGGAUCAUGUUGAGGCUUCAGGUCACAAAAAGAAUGAUUCUGAAACUUUAGGCAAUACGCAACCACAUGUUAGUUCCUUAAAUGGGGGGAUGACGACUGGUGUAAGACCAUCUUCUGCCAACAGGCUGAGUUUUGUUGACAGGAAGUGGCUGGAGAGAUGUCAGGUGUUUGAAGAGAUGGGGGUUGAGGAGAGACCUGUUGCAGGAAACCAGGAAAAAGAUGCAAGAAGAGAAGAAAAGAGUAAGAUGGAAGGAGAAACACAAAAAUGUGAAAGAAACGGUGAGAUGAUUUCAAAUGUCAAAGGAAGUGGAAAGACAGAGCACAACCAUGAGAGCGUCACUACUGACAAAACAGACAGUGAUAGUAAAGCAAAACCUGAUCAGAAACCUGCAAGAAAAAGUAGAGGAGGAGGGAAACUGAAAAGGAAGGACGAAGAGGAGAUGCAAAAAGAAGUGACGACAACACCAACGUCAGAGGGUGUUGGUGAUGAGCUCAGGGUCAGUGGUCCAAAGAAGAGAGGAAGGAAGAGGCAGAGAGAUGGAGAGGAGGGUGAGUUGUCAGGAGAGCGAGAGGUGAAAAAGAAAAAAGUUGACAAAGACAAACAAGGGAGUUCAGCGCAAAGAGGAAGAAAGAAAAGAACCAAACAGAAAGGAGAUGAAGAUGAAGAUGAUGAGGGAGAGGAGACGGAGAAAAAGACCAAGGAACCCAAAAAGGAGGUUCAUGAGAAUUUGCUGGGAGAAGUUGAAGAGGAGUUUGUGAGUCGGAGAAUGUGUCAGACUCAACCUGUCAGAGCCAGAGGCAUGAAGGGUGCAGAGGGUAAUUUUGUGAAGAUUAAUAUGAAGAAGAAAUCUCAUGUCAAAGGAUAUGCACUUAGAGGAAUGGCACUCCGCAAACAGAUAUACAUGCAGAAGUUCCAGCUGAAAGGUGAACGCUUCGGUGGAGGUGGUGGAUAUUUUGGCCGUGGGAGAGGAGGAGGCUUCAGAGGAGGCUUCAGAGGAGGCUUCAGAGGAGGCCUCAAUCGUCAGGGCGAUACCUGCUACAAGUGUGGAGGAACAGGACACUGGGCCAUCGACUGCAAAGGACAAGUUCCUGCUCCUCCACCUGCUCCUGAGAACCAGCCUGUUGAGGAGGAGCCUUUUGAACUGCCAACGCUUGAGGAGGUUGCCAGGGCAACAGGAACACUGCGACCUCAGCCUCUCAUGUCUCCUAGUGUCAGUGAGGAGCAGCAGGACAGAGAAAAUGAAGUGGAUCAUAAACAUAAUGACGAGGAGCUGCUGAAUGUGAUUCGACCGGACUAUGAGCGCCCCCCUCCUCCUCCACCCAUGGAACCCCUGUAUCCCCUCACAGACGAUGGAAAGGUUCAGGAAACACCAGCUGAAGUUUACGCAGCUCUGGAAGACCUUGGCUACAAGUCAUUCAGAGCAGGACAGGAGGACGCCAUCAUGAGGAUCCUGUCAGGCCUCUCGACCCUGGUAGUCUUGUCAACAGGUAUGGGUAAAUCCUUGUGUUACCAGCUCCCUGCCUAUCUGUACGCUCAGAGGUCAAAGAGCAUCACACUGGUCAUUUCUCCUCUGGUCUCACUGAUGGACGAUCAGCUGUCUGGUCUGCCAGCUAAACUGAAGGCAGCCUGUAUUCACUCCAACAUGACCAUGAAACAGAGAGAAGCUGCCAUAGAAAAGGUGAAGUCAGGUCAAGUGUGUGUGUUGCUCCUCUCUCCUGAGGCUCUAGUUGGUGGAGGAGGCUCAGGUGCUGGAUGUCUACCUUCAGCUCAGGAGCUCCCUCCUGUGGCCUUUGCCUGUAUUGAUGAAGCUCAUUGUGUCUCUGAGUGGUCUCAUAAUUUCAGACCUUGUUACCUGAGACUCUGUAAGGUACUGAGGGAACGUUUGGGAGUCCAGUGCUUGUUGGGUCUCACUGCCACAGCCACUCUGUCCACCGCUCUGGACAUUGCUCAGCAUUUGGACAUCCCUGAUCAGGACGGCAUCGCAGUUCGCUCUGCUGCAGUUCCUUCUAACCUGUAUCUGUCUGUGUCCAUGGAUAAAGAGAAGGAUCGGGCUCUGGUGGCCCUGCUGAAAGGAGAUCGAUUUGGUUGUCUGGACUCCGUCAUCAUCUACUGCACCAGAAGAGAGGAGACGGCCCGUAUAGCAGCUCUGCUCAGAACCUGCCUGCAGGGAGUGCUGGUUAAAGAAAACAAACAAGUUAGCAGCAGCAGCCAGAACAACUCUGCGUCAGACAGAAAGAAGGAGCUGGCAAGAAAGAAGAUUCGUAAGCCACUGAAGUGGCAGGCUGAGUCGUAUCACGCCGGUUUGUCUGCGUCUGAGCGCAGGAGGGUCCAGAAUAACUUCAUGUGCGGGGAGCUCAGAAUAGUGGUGGCCACUGUGGCUUUUGGAAUGGGUUUGGAUAAAUCUGAUGUCCGCGGCAUCAUCCAUUACAACAUGCCAAAGAGCUUUGAGAGCUAUGUCCAGGAGAUUGGAAGAGCAGGAAGAGACGGAGAACCAGCCCACUGUCACCUCUUCCUGGAUCCUGAGGGUGAAGACCUGCACGAGCUGCGUCGUCACAUCUAUGCAGACACGGUGGACUACUACACCGUGAAGAGGCUGGUCCAGAAAGUAUUCCCUCAGUGCAAAUGUAAACGCAUCCACCAGAAACAACAAGAGCUCAUGAGGGAUGUUGAAGACUCUGAUUUGUUGGAGAUGAUGGAUGUUUGUGAUGAGGAGAGAAGCUCCAACCCUGCUCCUGUUACUGCUGAUGCUCAGGAGACUUCACAGCCUGCUUCCUUAGAAUUAUCAAUACAAAAAGAUCCAAAUGAGGCGACCAAUGAGGAAUCAGGAAACAUUGAGGGGGUUGUUUUAUUGGAGCAGCAGAAUGCAGAGGUUAAAGCAGCUGAUGAUGGACCAGGAGACAAAGAAGAGGUGGACUAUGAUUGGCCGAGAGAGCGAGUGUGUCACACACACGAGAGAGCGAUUCCCAUCCAAGACACGGUGGAGGCUCUGGACAUCACAGAAGAAGGUGUAGAAACACUGCUCUGCUAUCUGGAGCUGCACCCUCAGCGCUUUGUAGAACUGCUCCACCCGACUCUGUCUGUGUGUAAAGUCAGCUGCUAUGAUGGACCCAGACAGCUCCAGAAAAUCACUAAAAUCUGCCCUCCUGUGGCUGUGGUUCUGGCCAGGAAGCGAAUGAAAGGUGAGAAGGUGGAGACCUGUGAUCAGCUGGAGUUUGAUGUGGUGGAAGUUGCAGACACUAUGGGAUGGCAGCUUCCUCUGGUGAAGAGAGGGCUGAGGCAGCUGCAGUGGAGCACUGACAGAGGUGGCGGUCGUAGUGGAAUUCUUGUUGAGUUCUCCUCUGUGUCGUUCUACUUCCGAUCUUAUGGCGACCUGAGCGAUGAAGAACUGGACAGAGUUGGUCAGUUCCUCCACAACCGUGUGCAGGACCGAGAGAAAACGCAGCUUUACCAGCUGAGUGCCUGUUUUAAGGCAUUCAAGAGCGUUGCCUUCCAAAGUGUCACCUCCUGCCUCGAUGAUCUGGACGUGAAUCGAAGUCUGCAGCUGAAAAAACUUCUCUCUGAGUACUUUGACAAGAGGCGAGACCGUGAGCACACACUCCAACCACUGGACAUCCAAGAACUGGACAAAUUUAAGCUAUUGGAUUGGGAAAACCAGAUCCGAGCAGAUGUCAGAAGUUUUCUUUCCAACCGCAGCGAUGAGAAGUUUUCAGGAAGAGCAGUUGCCAGAAUCUUUCACGGCAUUGGCAGUCCGUGCUACCCAGCUACAACCUACGGCCGAGACAGACGAUACUGGAGGAAGUACAUCCAGUUUGACUUCAACCAGAUCAUCAGAAUGGCCACUCAGGAGAUCAUUCGCUUCAAGUAACAGCACAAACACAGACAGUACAGACUCCCAUCACAGGCUUUGAUCCAAAUCAUUUUUAUCUUCUAUUCUCUUCUAUUGCUGAAAACUAAAACUAUUAUGUGUAGCUUUUGACUGUUGUAAGUAGUUAUCAAAUAAAAUCUAUUUUUUAUAAGUAAAUAUAUUUAAAAAA